AUGUCUUUACAGCGUCGCCGAGUUAAUAAAGGUGAUACAACGGAAUCAAUCCCUCAAAUAGAUAAUGAGCAUGAUCAUAAGAUUGUAUAUGACGAGCAAGAGGCGAAACUAAGGGACAACACUAGUGUUCCUAAGUUGACCUUAAUGGAGGAAGUUUUGUUGAUGGGACUAAAGGAUAAACAGGGAUAUUUAUCAUUCUGGAACGAUAAUAUCUCGUACGCCCUACGUGGGUGCAUCUUGAUAGAACUAGCGUUACGAGGUAAGAUUAGAUGUGUUGAUGAUCCAGCAAGAAAGAGAUACGAUGUCAGUGAGAGAUUAAUUGAAGUCAUAGACGGAAGUAAAACUGGCGAGGUCUUACUUGAUGAAAGUUUAUCUUUAAUGAAGAACGAUCCACCAACUUCAAUUGUCGGAUGGAUUGACCUACUUAGUGGCGAGACUUGGAAUCUCCUAAAGAUCAAUUAUCAAUUGAAACAAGUUAGGGAAAGAUUAGCAAAGGGAUUGGUUGACAAAGGUGUUUUGAGAACUGAAAUGAAGAACUUCUUUUUGUUUGACAUGGCCACACACCCGAUCACUGAUACAACUUGCAAGGAAUCUAUUAAAAGAAGAAUACUAUCGAUACUGGUUUCAAGGAAUGCUGAAUUGACUUAUAAUACCUAUUUCCCACAAGAUGUUUCCUUUAAAUAUAUUAGAACCUUGUCUUUAAUCUGUGGUGCUUAUGGUGCUAAUGUUCUAGAAAAUGUCUUGGCUACCUUAGAUUACGAAGUGAGAGAUACAGGGUUUGCUCGUGCGGAUGAAAUUCUAGCUCAAUUUUCAGAAUUUCCGUUCCCACUCGAUAAACAAACAAGCACCGGUGUUUCAGUGAACUUAAAUAAAGAGAUUUCACAGGAAUUAAAUAAUCAUCCGGGUUCAGAUUUGCAACUUGAAGUUGUUGCUGGAGUUUUUGAGGUCUUUUCACGUAUGGACACAUUGUUAUAA